UGGGUUCCCCUUCCUUUCUCUCUAGUCCUCCAAGCACCUACGCUACGCUCGAGACUAAAUUUUCUGAAAGUCAACAAUGCGAUUCUGGAGUGCCUUUGCCUCAAUCGCAAUACUUCCCAUCGUCGCGGCUGAUUUCUACACUGCUUUGGUCAAGUGCAACACUAGUCACAGGCUGGAAGUCGAUUGGGCCAUCGUCCCUGGGAAUGUCGUCCCUGGGUCUCUAGGCGCUUGCCAAGAUACAGUGCAGCACUGGAUCGUUGGCAUUACUCACUCCGGGAGUUUGACAAACGGCUCGGUUUGUAACACGGAUAUCUCAGUAGAUGGGACCAGGAACCACUGGUAUGCAGCUGGACUCAGCGGAGAAUGCACAAAAGGUGAUGGAGGCACGAAAUGCAGUCGUGUGUUGGAUGGUGCGGAAUGCCAAUAUUCGGUCGUAUCGAAUUGCACCGGUCCUCCACCCUUCUGCGAUUAGUACAAGGAUCUGGUGGAGCAGGCAGCGGGCCCAUGUAGAAGUAGAAUACUUAACGAGGGCUGGAGCCCCUGCCAAGUGGAAAUUACUGUGUGCGUGAAUGCAUCUGUUGGAGUGCAGCGCGCGUUCCGGAGGUUUCUGACCAGGUGACUUUCACCUGACCUGUAAAUGAAUACUUUUCCCUUUUCUAUUAUCGCGGAAUUAUCCGCUACCGACUAUACGGACAUACCCGCUCUUUCUAUUCAUUUCCUUUUUCCUCAGUUCUCCACGCUAUUCAGCUUGAGACUGAGGUCAGUACUUUCUUUCAUUCUAAUUUCCCUUCAUAUCUAAAUGUGUAUUAUCUUUAGUUAAACUUCGCUAGGUAAUGUUAACUAG